GUCCAGGCGGCUGUGGCAUCCAGCGAGAAGCAGUGGCAGGUGCCUGCACCCCAGACAUCACCCGGUCUGGAUGCUCAGCUCGUGCGUCGACUGGAAGAAAUUCUGGGCGGAAUCUCGGACGAGGUUCAGGAAGCAGUGGCCUCCAGUGAGAAGAAGUGCCAGGGCUGGAGCCGCGAAGUCCUCUGCGAGCUGGAG